AUGGCGCGUUCAGAAACCUCCAAUACGGCGGUUGCGACUGCUUCCUCGUCAUAUACAGACACAGAAACCGCGCAAAUCACUGAAGCCUCGUCUUUCUCGUACGCCGACUUAGCAGAUCGCAAGUCGAUCCAGGGAGCUGCCAUUGGCGGUAUCAUCGUGGGUGUCUUAGCAGGCGCGACCCUCUUGCUGCUUGCGCUGUGGCUCUUGUGUCGGCGCUGGAAACUCCACCGUCAUAAUCGCAAUCCAAAGAACCGCGGUGUGCUUCCAGGUCCGCGAGUUCCUACAGGUUCGACUGUGCCUGCCUCGCUUUACCGCCGAAGUGAUAGUUGGAACACUCCACCAAAGAGCGAGAGGUCCCAGCCACUUGCGGACCUGGACCUUGAAGCAAAUGUUGGGCAGCAGGACAUCGGAUUGCAGUACUACUCGGAGUCCAAUUACUCUCAGACGGAGGGCCCGGCUUCCUCGAAGAAGACUGCGAAAGAGCGUACCGAGGUCAAUAUCGAUGACAAUACCUCAGCUGUCGGCUCCCCUGCUCGUCAUGCUCAGAUCCUUACUUCCUCUCCUGAGUCCGUGGAGAACGAGUCCAUUACCCUUCAUUCGCGUCGUUCAAAUGCCACCAUCGAUUGGCCUCUACCAAAAUCUACAGUCUCUUCACCAGCUCUCCUCAUGAAGGCCCCCGAGAUCAGUCCUCUGAGUCCCCUCAGCCCGUUCGGAGACUUCGACGCGGUGAAGCAACAAGUGGAAGAGCAGAUCGAGAAGGAGCGACACAGGCAAGACGCGUACUGGAAGCUGAGCGGCGAAGUCGCAGGCGCUGCGCUCACAAAGAAGCCAGGCAGUGUCGCCCGUGCUAGGAAGAACAUCAUGGCAUCGCGCGAGGCUCCCAAGAAGGCCGGAAGUGUUGCCCGGGCGAGGCAGAACAUCAUGGCGGUGCGAGGAGCUGCAGAGCAGCCUGGGAAAGUCACUAGCCCUCGCCAGAAUACGAUCGGUCUCAUGGAUUUCCUUCGCGAGCACGACGCACAGUGCGGUGAUGAGACCGAUGUCGAGACCAAUGAGACGGGCACGGUGGUCAGGCGCAAGAACAAGCGCGCACAUUGA